AUGUACCUACCAACCUUGGUGGCACUUUCUGUGCUGCUCUGCUCUUCACUCUUGGUAAAUGGAGGGAAAGUAUUAGUGUUCCCGAUAGAGGGAAGCCACUGGAUCAACAUGAAAGUCAUCGUUGAAGAGCUUCACUCCAGACGCCAUGAAAUCACGGUGUUGCGGCCAUCGGACAGUUGGUAUAUCAAGGCAGAAUCCCAUCAAUACAAGACCAUCACCAUAAAUUCUCCAGGUGGUUGUGAUGAGGAAAGCUUGGGGUCAUUUACAUACAAAUUAAUGAACAUGCGGCGGGAAGGCGCCUCAAUUUGGAGUCGUAUAUCUCUGGAGUAUGAAUUUCUGACACAGUCCUAUCAGUUGAAUAAGCAGAUGGUGAAGAUGAUGGUCGAUGUGUUUGAGAACAAGAAACUGAUGCAGAGCCUCCACGAUGGCAAAUAUGAUGUGGUUCUGACAGACCCUGCAUUAGGAGGAGGGGUACUUCUGGCUCACCGUUUGGGUCUUCCACUUGUUUUAAACGUGAGGUGGACUGUUCAGGGUGAGGCUCAUCAUUCAAUUGCUCCUUCCCCAUUGUCUUAUGUCCCAAUCCCAGCGACAGAGCUGACUGACAAGAUGACGUUUUCCCAGCGGGUUAGGAACUUCCUUUUCUAUUUCUAUACACGUUUUCAAAUCAAGUGCAUCAAAGACCCAAACUACCAACCAUUUGUCAAUCGUUACUUCGGCCCUGAUGUUCACUACAUGGAGCUGUUCCAAGCAGCAGACAUCUGGUUGAUGAGGAAUGAUUUUACUUUUGAGUUUCCCCGCCCCACAAUGCCCAACGUCAUCUACAUGUCAGGAUUUCAGUGCAAACCCUCUAAGCCCCUCUCUAAAGAACUAGAGGAUUUUGUGCAGAGCUCUGGUGAACAUGGCAUCAUUGUUAUGACAUUGGGCACCUUGGUCGGAAAUCUUCCUCAAGACAUGACUGAGGACAUUGCUGCUGCUUUCGCCCAACUUCCUCAAAAGGUUAUCUGGAGGCACACAGGCAAAAGACCAUCCACCCUCGGCGACAAUACUUUGCUUGUGGACUGGCUGCCUCAAAAUGACCUACUGGGUCACCCUAAGACCAGAGUGUUUGUGGCCCAUGGAGGCACGAAUGGUCUUCAGGAGGCCGUUUACCAUGGCGUUCCCCUGGUCGGCCUGCCCCUCAUGUUCGACCAACAUGACAACUUCUUCAGGAUGAAAGUAAGAGGUGUGGCCAAAGUGCUGGACAUUUCAACUGUGAACAAAGACAACUUCCUGGAGGCACUAAAGGAGGUGCUCUAUGAGCCGUCCUACAGGGAGAAGAUGAAGGCGCUGUCCAACCUGCACAGAGAUCAGCCCAUGAAACCCCUGGAUCGUGCCGUAUUCUGGAUUGAGUUUGUCAUGAGACACAAAGGAGCUCCGCAUCUAAGGACAGAAUCUUACAAGAUGUCCAGGAUCCAGUACCACUCCAUUGAUGUAGUGGCGUUUCUGCUGGUAAUUAUUCUGCUAGUUGUAACUGUUUUCAUCGCAGCAGUAAAGAUUUUGUGGCGGAUUGUGUUUUGUAGAAGCAAAGUCAAAAAGGAAUGAUGAAUGUGCCGCAACGUAGUUUUGAUACUGUCACUUUCUGGAAAUUGAUUUCAUGUAAA